AUGUCUUCCAAUCUCUGCAAGUACGGCCUCGAUCUUUCCGAAUCCGAAUCGGAAGAAGACAUGCCUCUGCCGGUCCGACCCGUCCGUCCCAAUGCUCCGUCGAAGAAUGCUGAAAUGAUGCGCGCAAUGUGGGAGGCCCAUAAGUCCGAAAAGUGCGAUUCCGAUGAAUCUGAUGAGGAGGAGGAAUCCGAUUCGGAUGAAUCCGAUUCGGAUGAAUCUGAUGAGGAGGAUAAGGAGAACCGGGAGCCGUCGCCAGUUCCGCCACCGCCUCCAGCAAGUGCACAACUUCCGUCCGUUCCGAAGCUGCCUAAAACUCCGAGUGCUCCGCCGGCAAUUCCACGUCAGCCGUCUCCAGUUCCUCCGGCUCAACUGGUCCCUGCUGCUGCUCCGAAACCAAGUGCUCCUGCCAUCAAAAAGCCCACAACUUCAGCGGCUCCUGCUCCGAAACCAAGUGCUCCUGCCAUCAAAAAGUCCACAACUUCAGCGGCUCCUGCUCCGAAACCAAGUGCUCCUGCCAUCAAAAAGCCCACAACUUCAGCGGCUCCUGCUCCGAAACCAAGUGCUCCUGCCAUCAAAAAGUCCACAACUUCAGCGGCUCCUGCUCCGAAACCAAGUGCUCCUGCCAUCAAAAAGCCCACAACUUCAGCGGCUCCUGCUCCGAAACCAAGUGCUCCUGCCGUCAAAAAGUCCACAACUUCUGCUGCUGCUGCUCCGAAAACGACGAGGAAACCCCGUGCUCCAGUUCCCGCCAAGGCUCCAGCUACGAAGAAACCCCGUGCUCCACGUCAACCGUCCUCUGCUCCAACCACGAACAAACCUCGUCGCAAGAACCAACGGGACCAGCCGGUGAGCCAGCCGGCACCGUUCGCCUUCGACCCGAGAAUGGCGGCGGUGGCAAUCAAUCGGAAUGUGCACAGACGUCCGGAAGCCACCCUCAAACGGCCCGCCGCCGAGGCAAUCGCCGCACUCGCAAAACGACACAAACUAUAA